UAAACCACUCGCAAAACUGCAUCUUUGUUUGGUUUAGGUCCACCUCGCGCGAUGCACGACAUUUCCAGUAAUGGCUCGUCCUAUCGAGAUAUUGGAUGACAACAACACGGCGCCAUCAGCCGAAGAGAUCCCUCAAUACAAGGAAAAGACACUGGGGAAGCGCAAGUCGAGUGUCGACUUUGAAGAAAAGGUUGCCUGGACCGACGAGGAAUCGGACCAUAGCGAGAAGCUCAAGGUACAGAGGGCUGCGAAGCGCAGGGCCGCAGCAAAGGGGAAGCGGCCGCCGAAAAAGGGCACCGGGAGCGCAUCCAAGUCGACAAAGAACAGCGCCGCAAACUUGAGACGUUGGGUCAACGACGUCGACGAAUCGAGCCCUAAUGAGGAAUAUGCCGACGCCAGCCUGCCGGAUUACCUGCUGCAGAGGAGGAGGAAAUUCGACAGGGACAGAGACGUGCUCAAGGAUGCCGGCCUGAAGCUGCCCCCGGACUACUCCGACAUCUACUUCUCCGACGACGACAUUGGGUCGAAGCUCGAGGAGCGCCCCAAGUUUGACGAGAGCAGCGGCAUCAAGCCCUGCCGGCCGUACAAAGACAUUGAGCUCGAGUACUCGGCCGGCAUCAUCCCUGCCUCGAUCGCCCAGUAUCUUCGCGACUACCAGGUUGCCGGCGUCAAGUUCCUGCAUCAGCGGUUCAUUUAUCAGAAGGGCUGCAUUCUGGGCGAUGACAUGGGCCUGGGCAAGACCGUGCAGGUGGCUGCGUUCCUUACUGCCGCCUUCGGCAAGACCGCCGACGAGCGGGACGCCAAGAGGAUGAGGAAGGUGCGCCGCGCAGGCGACAGCUGGUACCCGCGCGUCUUGAUUGUCUGCCCCGGCUCGCUAAUUCAAAACUGGAAGAACGAGCUGCGCCGCUGGGGCUGGUGGCACGUUGACACCUACCAUGGUCCUGGCAAGCAAGACGUUCUGCAGGCGGCCAAGGCCGGGAGGCUCGAAAUCAUGAUAACCACCUAUGUCACCUACAAAAAGAUGCACGAGGCCGUCAACCAGGUCGAGUGGGAUUGCGUCGUCGCCGAUGAAUGUCACGUCCUGAAGGACCGUAGGUCGGAAACCACACAGGCCAUGGACUGUGUCAACGCGCUUUGCAGGAUCGGCCUGACCGGCACAGCCAUACAAAACAAAUACGAGGAGCUCUGGACCCUCUUAAACUGGACGAACCCGGGCCAUUUUGGGACGCGCAACGAGUGGAACAACACCAUCACGAAGCCUCUGACCGUCGGCCAGUCGCACGACGCCACCCUGAAGCAGCUAAGCAUUGCCAGGACGACGGCCAAAAAGCUAGUCCAGAACCUGCUCCCAGAAUUCUUUUUGCGGCGCAUGAAGACCCUUAUUGCCCAUCAGCUGCCCAAGAAGAGCGACAAGGUUGUCUUCUGCCCCCUGACCGACAUCCAAAGCGAGGCCUACCAAAACUUUCUCGAGGGGCCCCAGGUCACUUUUAUCACCUCCGCAUCAGAGCUGUGCGACUGCGACUCGGGGCGAAAGAGGGGUUGGUGCUGCUACAAGACCCUGCCUGACGGAAGGUCGUGGAUGAGCAUUGUGUUCCCAAGCAUUAUGACGCUCCAGAAGAUCGCGAACCACCUCACGAUGCUCAUUCCGUCCGCCCUUGAUCCGAACGACAAGCAGAGUUCAGAGCUUCAGGCGCUUCAGACCUGCGUUCCUGGGGAUUGGGAGGAGCUAUACAGGAACCGGGAUUCCAUGCUCAACCUGGCCAACCCUGAAUUUUGCGGAAAGUGGAAGAUCUUGCGGAAGUUGCUUCGUUUCUGGCACGAGAAUGGGGACAAGGUGCUGGUCUUCUCGCACAGCGUCCGGCUCUUGCGCAUCCUCCAGCACCUGUUCCACAACACGAGCUACAACGUGAGCUUCCUGGACGGGUCUCUGAGCUAUGAAGAUCGCCAAAAAGUGGUUGACGAUUUCAACUCCGAUCCCACCCAAUUUGUCUUUCUGAUCUCGACGAAAGCCGGCGGCGUAGGCCUCAACAUCACAUCCGCCAACAAGGUUGUUAUCUUCGACCCCCACUGGAACCCGUCGUAUGACCUGCAGGCCCAAGACCGAGCGUACAGAAUCGGCCAAGUCCGCGAUGUCGACGUCUUCCGACUCGUCUCGGCGGGCACCAUCGAAGAAAUCGUCUACGCCCGCCAGAUUUACAAGCAGCAGCAGGCCAACAUCGGAUACAACGCGUCCAACGAGCGACGCUACUUCAAGGGCGUGCAGCAAGACAGCACGCGCAAGGGCGAGAUCUUUGGCCUGAGCAACCUCUUCAGCUUCCACGCGGACCAGGUCGUGCUGCGGGAAAUCGUCAACAAGACCAACAUCGCCGAGGCGAAAGCCGGCGUCCACCUGACCGAGAUCGACCUCGCAAAGAUGGCCAAGGACGAGGACGACGAGCUGACAACCUACAUCAAGCAAGAACCCGACGACGACGAGCAAUCGGGCAUGAGCCAGCUCGCCAAGCUCUUGACGGCCGAGAACCAGGAGGAGCUCCUCCGCGCGCGGAAAGCGACCAAGCCCAAGAGCGACGCCAUCGCCGCCAUACUUUCCUCGGCGGGCGUCGAGUACACGCAUGAAAAUUCUGAGGUCAUUGGCACCAGCCGCGUCGAGGCUCAGUUGUCGCGCCGCGCCGAACUGGCCGCCUCCAAGGUCCUUGGAGAUAAUAAUAGCCAGGACCCGGAGGGCAACAGCGCGCUGUUUGCGGACAGCCAGCAGGCGAAUUGUGUGGUCGCUGGCGAGCACAGUAAUCGUCACAAGAACAACCCGUGGCGGAUGCAUUACAAGUUCAACCCGCCUGCCGAGGUUAUGCGGCGGCAGUUUUGCUCCAUGGCGAGGGAGUUUGGGUUCGCGAAUGCCACCGACUUUGCGCUGGUUGUGGAGAGCUGGACGCAGGAGCAGAGGCGGAACUGUCUGGAUACGUUUUAUCGGGUGCGGGAGGUGAGGGUGUUGGACGGGGAGCUGGCGGAGUUGAAAAGGAGGGAGAAGGAGGAGGAUGUGGAUGGUGCUGUUGCUACCAAGAGGGAAAGUGAGGCGGCUGUGGUGGCGGUGAAGGAGGAGGAGGAGUCUCCUGUAAGGUUGUUGCCUCCAGUGCAGGUCAAGAUGGGAACGCCAAUGGAGAUUUCAGGGGCCAAGUCGGGAAAGGCGGAGGUCAAGAGGGUGACGACGAUUUUUUUGUCGGACGACGAAGAGGAUGAUGAACUUUGAGACAUAUAGACAUGGCGGCGUUUAGGCGGAGAGGAUGAUACCCCUGCAUUUUCAUAACAUUCAUCAAACAUGAAGGCAACAAUGCUUAUCGAUGGCGCGUGAAAUGUCGCUGAAACGCGCCUUGCCGUUCCGGGUUUAGCUUCCCCACUUAUCGCCCGCCAG